AAAGGUCAGUUUGCCAGGUCGCCAUUUUGAUUUAUCGGCUGAUCACGGGAAAGAAUCCUUUGUUUCCAGUUUGGCCAUUUUUAAGACAACUCAACACGUUAGCAGUAAAUCAGCACCAUAAACCAGUAGAAAUGGGCGAGAGAAGCGAUGAGGUCGCUAUGGACAAUCUGUCAACUGUUCACCCUGGGGACAAGACAAGCAGCAUCAAGAAAUCGGGAAGGCAGCUGAACAAGGAUGGGGACAUUCCAUGCGAGGAAACAAGCGGCGGAGCAGAAUCUGUCUACCAUCCUCCAGCACAGGGUCGAGCAGAGCAGACGGACAGGCUUGCGGUGAAACGCACUGUGGACAGUCGCUUUGUGUGUACGGAAUGUGGCUAUAGGGCAGCCUCUAGGUCUCACCUAUUGGUACACGCAAGAAAACAUACAGGUGAGAAACCCUAUAAAUGUGACCAAUGCGACUAUUCUGCUACACAGAAGGGAAAUUUAGACCAACACAUGGCUAAACACACCGGAGAAAAAAACUAUAAAUGUGAUGAGUGUGACUAUGCUGCUACGCAGAAAGGAAAUUUAGACCGACACAUGGCUAAACACACCGGAGAAAAACCCUUCAUGUGUGGAGAGUGUGGAUACAGGACGGCUGACAAGUCUUCCUUAACCAGACAUAUGACAACACAUACAGGUGUGAAGCCUUAUAAGUGUGACCAUUGUGGUUAUUCUGCUGCACUGAAAGGAAAUUUAGACCGACACAUGGCUAAACACACCGGAGAAAAGCCAUACAUAUGUGGCGAAUGCGGAUACAGGACGGCUCACAGGUCACAGCUAUCCGCACAUAUGAGAACACAUACAGGCGUGAAACCCUAUAAGUGUGACCAUUGUGAUUAUUCUGCUGCACGGAAAAGAAAUUUAGACCGACACAUGUCUAAGCACGCCGGAGAAAAACACUAUAAAUGUGACCAGUGCGACUAUUCUGCUGCACGGAAAGUAUAUUUAUAUCAACACAUGGCUAAACACAAUAAACCCUACAUGUGUGGGGAGUGCGGGUUCAGGACAGCUGACAAAUCUUACUUAACCAUACACUUGAGAACACAUUCAGGUGUGAAACCUUACAAGUGUGGCCAGUGUGAUUAUUCUACUGCAAGGAAAGGCCAUUUAGACAUACACAUGACGAAGCACACCGGAGAAAAACCCUACGUGUGUGGGGAGUGCGGAUACAGAACUGCUCGCAAGUCUGCCCUAUCCCGACAUAUGAGAACACAUACAGGCGAUAAACCUUACAAGUGUGACCAAUGCGACUAUUCUUCAAAUGAUAAAAGGUGUUUAAAGAAACAUAUGGUAACGCACGCCUCUUGAACAGUUCACUGUGACGGUUGAACACAAGUUUGUUGGCUCCAUGAACAAGCAAAGUAGGGCCUGCACAUGGUCAAACAUACCACUGAGAUACCCUACAUGUGAGUGGAGUGCGGGUUUACAGGGAUGUGGAACUUACAUACAGCGGCAUCUAGAGACUUCGCGGCCGUCUGUCGUGUAUUUUAAAUCGUGGUUAUGCUCUCAAAUGUCAGUUUUGCAAGUUUCUUUUCCGUUCAAAUACUACUUAGACAUACCUAUUAGUUUAGUCAUUAAUACAUAUAGUUCUUGUUUUUUGCAUGCCCCAAUCUUGCGGAAACACAUAUUUAACAGUAAACGGCAUAAUACUGCUGUAAUAAGAUACUGAUAUUCUAGGUCAUAAUACUACUUCAAUUCAGUGAAUGUCAAUAUAACACUAGUCAUUUACUUGGUGCUGUUGAUGUAUAUUUUCAAUGGUUGUGGUUAUGCUUUGAAAUUUCAGUUUUGCAAGUUUAUUUUCUGUUCAGAUGCUACCUAGACAUACCUAUUAAUC